UUCACCAUCCUUCUGUGUACCCUUGCCUAAAUCUAUCAGCUUCAUUUCUGUAUUUUGAUUUUCUAAAGUGUUUACGUUGCUCUAUCUAUACUAAUUCAUCCACUCCAAGAAUUCCAGUGGUUCCGUACAGUUAAAAGCUAGGGGGAAAUAAUUGUUAAUAAUCGAUAGGAAAAAUCGUGAAAGUUAGAUGAUGAAGCAGUUUGUGAUCCAAAAAAAGGCGAUUGGAAUCAGCCGUGAGGAGACGCGAAGCUCCAUUCCGAUGGCAGUUAUGGUUAUGGAUCGGGGAGAGACUAUGGUCUGCCCAAAACCACGUCGUUUGAGUCUCUUGAACACCUCCUUCAACGACCAGUCUGUUAGGCCCCUUAGAUGGCAACUUAGUCAUCAAGGGGAGUUUUGUGAUUCAAAUCCAGGGAGCGAUGUUAUGGAUAUGAUUCUUACAAAGGGUGGUUGUGUAGCUGAGGAAAGUCAUACACAAGUGGCGUCACCGCCCCCAUUUUUUUGUUGCUCACCGCCGAGCAGAGUAACUAACCCAUUAAUACAGGAUGCCCGAUUUGGGGAUGAGAAGGUCAUCACCCCACUUUCAUCGCAGUCUCCGAUCCCACCUCCUUUGGGCUUGUCCUCGUCUCCAUCAUCCGGUUCAAGGAAAGGGAGCUGUGUUCGAGCAAGUUUUGGUAAUAAACCCGCGGUGAGAGUCGAGGGGUUCGAUUGCCUUGACAGGGAUAGCCGAAAUUGCAGCAUCCCUGCAGUGGCUUAGAAUCCAUUUCAAUCCCCAAUAAGAGUACAUCGAAAACGAUGAAGAGGAGCUUAGAACCCUUCUCCGAUGUAAAUACUUUUGGAGGGGUUCUUUGUAUGUAAUGUGAACGAGUUUGUUGAACAAAAUAAAGCAUAGAGCCGUAGUUUAGGUGCAGAGUAAAAUGUUGGGAAACCAUACCGCAAGAUGGAAGAUGGUUUGAGGUGUGUUGAUAGCCACAGUGUAGUGUCUCUGGUCG